UGCUCCGGGUUUUUCAGUGUGUGCUCAGAUUCGGACGCGUUCUGUUCGUUUGUACGCUUGUGCGGCCUUUCGCGUACGCGCUUUUUGCUCCCUUUUCACCGUCCUUGGGCGCGUUGGUGCUAGGUUGACGGGUUUAGCACGCUUCGUUUGGGUAACGAGUAUUUUCUUUGCGUGAUUGUGUUUUAAAUUUAAACAGCUCGCCCCCGUGUAUUGACAGUGUGACAAACAUUCCACCCUUUCGUGGUAUCACUCAUAUCGAAUGAGCUGUCCAAGUGCUACUAGUGCUCGUGUGCGAACGUAAAAGUGUCCUCCAGCGUCUAGUAGGAUGAUGACCGGCCUGGUGUCACCGCGUCGACGAUAGCGCCCCCGAAGCGGUUGGUCCCCGUCCGCACCGGUUGGCUGUACGAGUCGUUCAGUCGCGUGCAAGCGGACGCCGCCACGGAUCUACGGGUGCACGCCGGCUGGCCGAAGGCGUUGUCGUCCCACUACGGCUACGGUCUGGCCAAGGGUGACGACUACAUCGACCGCCACCACCACCAUCACGCCGACGACGACGACGACGAGGAAGAAGCAGAGGAAGAAGAAGAGGAAGAAGAGGAAGACGCCGACACCGGUAGCUGCGAACGGUUGCACCGGGUUGGCGGUGAGCUCGACGGUGGCGACAGUACCACCGCCACCGACGGUCGCAACUACGGUGAGCUUACCGAGCUACGCCCCACCGGCAUCAUCCGGGGGCCUUCGCGGCGUGGCCAGCAUCCACCACUGCCACCACCACCGGCCUACCAACAUCAUCUGCACCAUCCGCCACCGUCGUACGGUCGGCAGCAGCAGCAGCAGCAGCUGCAGCAACAAGCGCAACACCACCAACAAGCGGCCCCUCCUCACCACUACAGGGUGACAUUCGACGAACGACCUAUCCAGACGCCACACCCGCUCGAGAUGGAAUCGGUCGGGCACCACGUGGCGGUACCGUUGCGCGUCGGCGGCAAGAAGAUGCGCAAGCGGCGCGAACUGGACGCGCUUGUUGCCCACUCGCUGGCGAAGGGUGCGAAGGGCGGUGGCCGUCACGCGGCCAGCAAUGGUGUAGCCUCGCACGAUCAGUUGCUAUCGAACUCGACGGAUGAGCAGGAAGAUUACUCAUGGCAACCGAAAGUGCGCACACAGUCCCGGUGCCGGACGAAACGGUUCUCCUGCGUGCGUACCUGCGGUCCGCUGCUGUUCGUGUCCUGCAUCUUCAUCUCGCUCGGCUUCAUGUACUGGCUGUACUUUGACAUCCGGCAGCAGAUAUCGCAGUAUCGCAUCCGCAUCGAGCAAGUUUCAGCAACUAGUCAAAAUGUUCCCGAAGCGCUACAGAAAUGGCACGAAACGUCGAAAAACUUGGAACAAAACCAGACCGCCCUGAACGGGAAGCUGCGGGAUAUGGAGCAAGUACUCACCAACUUCUUUACCGAGCUCAAACAACUGCGGGAAACGAUCGACAAGAAGAACGAAAACUCCCAGGAGGCACAGCUCAACCGGCUGCAGUCCAGCGUGGCCGAUCUGGGGUCGAACAUUGGCGAUGCGAACUCCCGUAUCGGGCUGCUCGAGACGCGCUUCGACACGAUACAGGCGGAACAGAAGCAGCUAAACAAAACGCUGGACGAUCUGCAGAAACUAUUCGGUCGCAUCCAAAACAGCACCGCCGUGUCGGACAUUAUCGGUGGGGACGGUGUGGCGAAGGGGAUGCAGAAAACGAUAGCCGAACUGCGGGAUCAGCUGACCGGGCAGCUGAACAAUCUCGCCCAGAACGUGACCGGCGAGCUGCAGGUGCUGAAGCAGAAAAAUCUCUGGCUCGAGUCGGACCUGAGCAAUCAGACGAAGCGCAUCGAGCAGCUGUUCGACAACACGGUCAACAUCUCCUCGCACGUCCUCUCGGUCGAGGCGGUGUGGCUCGAGGUGCGCAACAACAUUAGCGGGCUCGAGGCGGACCGGAAGAUCAUCAACGAGCAGCUAGGCGCGCUGGCGAACGUCACGACCGGGCUGCACGGUACGAUCGAGAAGGUGCAGGAAGAGUGCCAGCAGUACCACAGCAAGCUGGACGAGGUGCGAGGGAAGCUCGGCGAGCUGCAGGACCAGAUACAGCAGAACGCGGCACGGAAGGAGGUGUCGCUGCACCGGCCCGGUGAAGCGAACGGUACGCAACAGGCCAGUAAGGAGGACGGUAUGCCCCCGGUGCUGUCGCAAUUUUUCAACGAACAGCAAACGGCCGCCAGCAGCAGCAGCACGGUAAGUGCACGCAUCGCACCGAAACCGACGGCCGCACCAUCAUCAUUGUCCGCUAGCACAACCACCAUUACCACCGCUUCCUCCCUGGCCAAGCUGCUGUAUCCGGGUACGCUGGUGCAACAGUUGCCACAGUCCACGACUCCGCAACCCUCCGCCGCCGGUCAGCCAGCCAGCGUAGCCAAAGCACCCGCUGCUGGCGCUCCAGCAAGUGGAGCGGCCAACACGGCAAGCAGCAGCAGCAGCAGCAGCAGCAGCAAACAGGCGGGCGGGCUGUUCGAUUCCGUAAUGUAAGCGCGGAAAGGUUUUAUUUUUCGGAUGUACACGAAAAGAAAUUUAAAUGGCUUCGGUGUGACACGAUGUUCUUUUUCGGACGCUUUUCGAUGUUACAGUUCAAUCUGAGCAACAGCAACAACAGCCAGGUGUGUCGAAAAGGGGUUGUUGUGCAUCCCCUCCCCAACAAGAAGCAAACAUGUUUCAGUUGCGGACAGGCCGGACAAGGUAAACCAAAGUUUUAAUUAAAGGCGUGUUUUUGGAGCGAAUGUAAGGAGAGAAAGAGACGAACGACAGAACGACAGGGAAAAUGAAGACGAAUGUGACGAAAUGGCAGGAUGGAAAGAUGGAACGCGCGCGAAAUAAUGAUAGAGUAGCAGUGCAAACGAACGUAAAGAGAAAGGGGAAUUCGUUGUGUCUGUGUGUGUGUGUGUGAUUGAAAGAGGGAAACCCGGACAGGCAGCUCGGAAGGAAACGAAAAGGAUGAACAGAACAGAGCAGGAUCGAGCAAUUACUGAAGAUAGUAAGGGCUGGCAAUUGAACAGGAUUUUGGGUUUCCAUUUAAACAUUUUGCACUAAUUAGAAACACAUGUGUAGAGAACAGAAACACACAGACACAUUCACAUUCACACGCCAGAGUGCAGUUUCUUUACCAAGCAUGGUUAAGUUUUGAUAAGCAAGUAGCAAAUAUCAAAUCAAAAGAUGAAAGAGAGAAGGAUCAAUUGGAGUGGAUCAAAGAAGGCUAAACACACUCCAUUGAGCAAAUCAGCAAGCAAAACACAUCGAACCACGAAGUCGUCACAGACAUUUAGCAGAAGCGUAGCAGAUGCACCUUACUUCUUCGUAUCAAAUCCGGAUUCAGUUUCUAAUGCAACAAAAUCAACCAAACACGCAUCUCUUACUCAGCAGUAGAUUUCACACUUACUUAGAAAUUACACUAGCAAGAAGAGAGA